UGGAUGUGUAGUAAACCAGACGGUCCUGGAGCCGCUGAUGAGCAUGUGCUGGAUUGCUCUCUUGGACUGACAGUUUUUUGCCAGCAAGGUAGUGAAAAGUUACGGAACGUGGUAACAUGUCAAAUGUAUCAAAGGGGAAUAAAACUCCAGCUUGCCGUCUGACAGCAACGGAACCUUGUGGCAUCAUAUACACUGGUGGUACCAGCCAUAACCAGUUGAUGUUAAACAAAGAGUAAAAUGGGCGGAGAAACGGAGAGGAAAGAGGCUUUGAGCCUUGAAGAAGACAGAAAAUCCAAGCAAGAUGCAGAAGACAGUGACAGUAAGAAAAGAGUGGAGAAGGAUGAGGGGAGAACAGCUCGGAUCCCCAUGUAUCGCUGGGUAAUGAACGCUGCGGUGAUGUUUGGACGUGAGUUUUGCUACGCCAUGGAAACUGCCCUGGUGACACCAGUGCUUCUGCAGAUAGGUCUUCCCGAGCAGUAUUACAGUUUAACCUGGUUUCUCAGUCCUGUCCUCGGUCUCAUCUUUACACCUUUGAUCGGCUCAGCCAGCGACCGCUGUACACUGCGAUGGGGCCGCAGAAGACCAUUCAUUCUAGCUCUUUGCUUAGGUGUGCUGGUCGGGGUAGCACUUUUUUUAAAUGGAUCAUUGAUAGGCCUCUCCGUCGGGGACAGCCCAAACAGCCGGCCAAUUGGGAUUGUUUUUACUGUCUUAGGAGUGGUGGUGCUGGACUUCUGUGCUGAUGCUUCUGAAGGGCCAAUCCGAGCCUAUCUUCUUGAUGUUGCUGACACUGAGGAGCAAGACAUGGCCCUGAAUAUUCAUGGCCUAUCAGCGGGGCUUGGAGGUGCAUUGGGGUACAUGUUGGGAGGCCUUGACUGGACUGGCACGGCUCUGGGCAGAGCAUUUAAAUCCCAGGAACAGGUUCUCUUCUUGUUCGCAGGAAUCAUCCUCAUCAUUGCUGUCACACUGCACAUGCUCAGUAUUCCCGAGCGACCGUUCACGUCACUGAACCCGCUUAAUGACGCCAGUCAGUUGUCUUUAAGGCCACUGGGCGACACACCACCUCUUCUAGACGUAAUUGCAGAGGAGGAUGCUUUUGCAGCCGCCCCGUGCCGAGAGGACAAGGAAUUAGAUCGCAGGGCAGAGGAAAUGGACUUUCUUUCUGUGGAUAAAGUGCGGAGUAAAAGCGACUCUAUCUUAGCCAUGCCAGAUGCUACAAUUAAGCUGGAUGCCGACCUUGACAUAGAACCACAGGUUUUCUUUCCAGAAAUGCAUGGAGCUCUAGAAGAUGCUUUUAAGGCAUCCGACCACAAUCCUGGCUCCUCGUCCCCCCCUGGUGAGCCACCCUCUCUUUCUGAUGGAAUGGCAGAUUUAACGCCUGCAAAUACAGUUUUACCUGAACUCAAAGACUCAUCAAAUGGUCAGCCUUCUCUCCGUCUGACCAGCGACGCCUCGGAGGAUGCACAUCUACAACAGGUCAAAGAACCAAAUGGCGUCAAUGCUAGUUUGCAGCCCUCCAACUAUUCCGCUGUCAAAGGCCAUGCCUCUACCAAGCUGGGGAACCGCACAGCCAUUCCAUCUGUUUCAUCACGGCCUCACCCACCUACCUUCUACAGACAACCCUCUUUUACAUUUUCAUAUCAUAACCGUGUGGGAUCACAACGCUAUCGAAUACGACGGACAAGACCUUUAAACCCACAGCCAAUCACCACCUCCCGCAGUCUGGAUGAUCUGCGAGACAUCCAGCGCAUUCCAGACUGGGAGUUUUCCGUCAGCAGUCUGUCGUCUGAGGGCUCCAGCAGUGAUGGAGGACCAGGUCUGGGUACAACUGUCCGCCUGCUUUGGCUAUCCAUGUUCAAGAUGCCAAGGCAACUCUGGAGAUUGUGUGUGUGCCACCUCCUUACUUGGUUCUCCAUUAUAGCUCAAGCAGUGUUUUACACAGAUUUCAUGGGGCAAGUCAUUUACGAAGGAAACCCCAGGGCACCAGCCAAUUCCACAGAGCUACAAAACUAUCACAAAGGAGUACAGAUGGGCUGCUGGGGACUGGUGAUCUACGCUGCUACUGCUGCUGUCUGUUCUGCAAUCCUUCAGAAGUCUCUGGAUAAUUUUGAUCUGAGCAUUAAGGUCAUCUACAUCGUUGGAACGCUAAGCUUUUCAGUAGGAACUGCAACCAUGGCAAUCUUCUCCAAUGUUUACGUUGCUAUGGUGAUGAUAAGUGGCAUGGGCAUCAUCUCCAUGAGUAUCUCCUAUUGUCCCUAUGCAUUACUUGGGCAGUACCAUGAAAACAAAGAGUACAUUAACCACAGUCCAGCAAACACCCGAAGAGGUUUUGGGAUUGAUUGUGCCAUUUUAUCCUGCCAGGUUUAUAUCAGCCAGAUUUUAGUUGCUUCCGCACUUGGAUCUGUGGUAGACGCAGUUGGAACUGUGAGUGUUAUUCCAAUUGUGGCCUCUGGGGGCUCCUUCCUUGGCUUUCUGACUGCCUGCUUCCUUGUCAUUUAUCCCGACUCUGAGCCCAGCAGCUCCGAACAGGACCAGUGCUUGGAUAGUGCACGUGUAGACGAGGACCAGGAUGGAGAAAACAGCAGUGAUCAAAGACUGACUCUGGUGAACCCCACCGACGGCGAUGGCUUGAAGAACACAGAGAAUGACUCUGUUGCCUGAGCAUAAAAAUAUAUCUUGAGACUUCGCUCAUCAACCAAAGGACAUGUGAUGAUUAUACCAAAUGCACUUGGUCGGUGCCUUCUGGAGGAGCAAAGAUAAGGGAAGAGGAAACAUGAAAGUUGACAUUCCACCUUUAGAGAUGUGGGCAGGGUAUAUUAUAUGAUCUGGGGUUAGGUGGGGGAUUGACUGUCAGUUUCGGGCUGCUCUGAUGGUGCUGUUGUUACCUCGACUCAUUCCCGUAAAUCUUAAGUUGGUUUAAUAACUACAAGUAAGCCAUCAAAACAUUAAAAGACCCAUGUCAGCAAAUUGAUCAAACUGUUAAAGGUUUGUGAGUUCAGGGCCCAGAACUAAACACACAAUUAAUUACUAAAACACAAAUGGGAAGCACAGAGCACUUUGUCCCACUUCUGAACAGUGCGAGACGCUGCAAAGUGUGCCAUUAACUCCACGAGAGCUGCAUCCUAACUGCCAAGUGGACAAUCACGAAUGCUGUUUUUGUAAUAUUGCAUAGUUGUUUGCUCCAUUCAGAUGUAAACAUGUGUUCCAAUUCUUUAUAGAUUGCCUUGACAUUUUUAUCAUAAUUGCCAAAAAGUACAGAUAAUGCCCUCUUACCCUUGUUUUAUACAAAACUGAUUUUUAUUCAUUUUUCUAAUGUUACAACCUGUUAUAUUGCAGCCAAGUUGUGACACACAAGAAACAUUAUUUGAAUAAAGUAAUCAAGAAAUUAGGCCAAAAUGGUACAGAUAAUGUUCUUUUCAGCUUUUAUUCAGAUGUGUUGUUUUCUGUAGCCUCUGAAAAGUUACCUCUGCAGUUAUGGAUGUCAGUGUGACUAUUGUGGCAAGGCAUUUGCAUUUGAAAUGGUUAAUGGGAAUAGAUUUCGUUACUUUGUCCUUGCUCACACAUUGUUGUGUCCCUGAAGUUAAUCUUUCACCUUUUUGGCAGACAGAAUGAGUCUCAUCUCCAGGAGAAGCUUAUCACUCUUUAUUGUGGUGUCAAUUCCUAGAAUAGUUUUCAAGCUUUGUAAGAUAUUUGGUUUCACUGUGAAAUAAUGUCACAUAUUGAGAAUUGUUUCUACAAAGCCGUAAAGUUGCUUGCUGAAUGAAAGUGAGGACCUCAUCUAUGCAUGGUGCUGCUAAAGAUCUGUGCCACUUUAGAUUCCUUUUAUGUACGUGUCAUAAACAAUUGCUCAGGAAGUUCACACAUAUGAAAAGGUUUCACAGAUUACUUACUGAAUGAAAGUUUUAAUGAUUAACAAGAAGGAACUUUCCAGUACGGAGUCUGUGAAAAGGAAAGGAUUCUGUUUUCUGCUUUUUAUUUAUUUUCUUUAUUUACUUUUUAAUCUGAGAAAACUAAAACUUGGCUUCUGAUGCUUUUACAAUAGUUUUUGUUGAAUUUGAUUAUCAAGGUCUAAAUAUGGUCUAAAUAUAGAUAAAGAUUAUAUUUUACCAAUAAGCUUUUCUGGAGUGAGUCCCUUUAUGGUGCCAGACUACAGUGCUGGAAAAAAUAUUUUGUGUAGGGUGACCUGAGGUAUUAGAAUGGCUUCGUCCAGACUUUUAUAACAUAAAAUCAUAUGUGUUUCAGCUCGACAAGUUGAUACCUGGCGUGUUAAGACUGGUCAACUUCCCUGUUUGCUGCUGUACAAGUUUUUGUAAAUUUGAUGCAACGUGUUUUUGUAGCAUGUAUUUUCAGGGGGGGAGGAUAAGAAAGUAAUGCAACUUUGAUUCUGUGUUUUCAUUGGAAACCUGUCAUGACACACACAGCACCAGUCAAAGGUUUGGACACGACUACCCUUUCAUAUAUCAUUUGGGUAUUUCUGCCUGUAGUUUCUGAUCUGGUUAUACAAAAAAAAUGAAAUUACUUCAUCCGUCAUCCGUCAUGGUCAGAUACAUUCCUGCCUGAAGUUUAUCAGGAUGAACAAAAGUGAGACAUCCUGCUGUGUGGUCAGAGACCAUUAAAACUUGAAAUUCCAAUCUUUUCAACAACUUUUCUUUUCAUGUAUGAUACUGAUGAACUAAACACACUACA